CGACUUUUCGUGAAAGGAGUUACCACAUCAGUGCUGAUUUCUUCUUUGCUGUUGAGCACAUUUGACAAGAUGAUCCCUGGAUUGUCACUGUCCGAAGUACUUUUCACGUUAUCCAGUUUGCAGUAUUGUUCGCUUAGAAAGAAAAAGGAGAAAGGCAAAUUAUAGUAUCAGUUUUCUUCAGAUCAUGUGGCAGGUUUGGAAAUCUACUGCAUGUAUGUAUGAUCUUUCUUUAAUAAUGGAAUGCAUGGAUAGCAGUUUGGUAAUGCUACUUUUACUUAAGGGGUAAAUUCUUGUUUGUUAAAACCAAAUUUCUACAACAUUAUAAUUUAUAGCACCAAUUCUUGAAAGGUAGGCUGUACAAAGACCAGGUUCGCACCGGAAUCUCGACCGGAUCGGGCCAGAUUUUUGACCAUGGUCCACAGAAAAUCCCAAUUCCGAGUUUUCGGUUCAGUCCGGUCCAAAACCAGAAAAUUUUGGUUCGGACCAGUGGAUUGGAAUUUUUGUUUUUUAGUAAAAGAAAAAUUUAUAUUAAAAGUUAAAAAGUUUAAAACCUAUUAUUUAUUACUUUAGUAAUUUUGUUAUUAAAAUGAUUAAAUUUAAAUGUAUCUAAUUUAUAAAUAUGUUUAAAUUAAAUAAAAAGGAUUUUCUUUUAUAAAAUAUAGAUUUCGAUCGAACAGGUUCACUAGCCCAAGCGGUUCUUGCCGGUCCUGGACCGGUGCACAUCCCUACAAGUUUAGCCAUUUACUUGGCAAUAGGAAAUCAUAAAAUAUGGAUAGAAAUUUCCUUUUCUAUGGCAAGUGUCAGUGAGAGUACACCUCAUUCUUCUAGUUCUUUAAUUUGAAAAAAAAAGUAUACCUUGGACAAAAUUACUAAAUAAACCAUAUAUUGGCUUGGCUGAUAUACUGGGUUGUUGCUUGUCCUAUAUUUGCAAAAUAAUGAACAAAUAUUGUGAACGUUUUGUAUACGUGGUGUCAAUUUUGAUAUAGAAAAAGGUUAGCAAGAGGGAAUAAGCCAUUUAAAUCAUUGUAACUUAAAUACUACAUUACCAUCAAUAAGCAAUAAGAGUAUCAGAUAUACUUUAUUGUCCACGCUUUUCAUCUAUGAAGCAUAUAAACCUCUAAAACAUGAGGUUUCACCACUUUUGAAAUGUUUUCAUUCUUGAAAUCAUAGCCUCUAACAAACCCCAUAAAUUGGUUAAAAUUUGAUGUUCUCCCCUGUUCUAAACAACUAUGUUCCCGAAAUCCGAAUCAUUUCAUGUCACAUUUCUUUUCAAUAAUAGUAUUAGCGUACAUUGGUUCAACCUUAAACAAGCUAAGUUUGACCUAAUGAUAAGAAUCGUACUUUCUAAUCUCAAGUUGGGAGGGUUCAAUACCCACUAGGGACAUCAAUUCCUUACCUUCCGGCUUCCCCCACUCUCAAUGUCUAGCCCACUAAGGCACUAACUUGGGCUAGGUUGACCUUCCAGCCUGAUAUGACCCUUAUCUUAGUUCCUUGAGUUCGAAUAUUACCAAGUAUGGUGUUUGGGGAGUAUGAAUGCCCUUAUCUUUCCCCCUUUCAAACACCUGAUCCACAAAAUAAUAAAAUAAGAAACUCUAAGUUGAGGUCUAAACAAAAUCCUUCACCUUACGGUUUAGAAAAAAACAUUGGUUCACCCUAGAACAACUGUGAUAACUCACAAAAAGGUAGUACUUCAUAUAAUGUUGUCAGCCGAGACUUUUACUGCUUUUCUAGAGUUAUAAAUACACCAUUACACUCCCAACCGGCCAACCCCAUAUCAUAUAUUAUCGUUUUCCCAACAAAUAGUCCAAAACCAUACCAUAUCCUCCUAAAAUAUUGGAAAAAUUUGGUGCAAACUAGGUAUAUCAUGGGUGGCAUAUGCAUUACCUUAUCAUUUAUUCUCAUCAUUUUUGUUGUAAACAACAAUUUAGCUGGUGCAACUAAUCAAAUUCCUAACGGUCUUUCCUAUAAUUUCUAUGAAAAAACUUGCCCUCAACUUCACAACAUUGUCAGUACUGCCCUUCUUCCUGUCUUUACCACUGAUCCUACUUCUUCUGCUGCUCUUCUAAGGCUCAUGUUCCAUGACUGCCAAGUUCAGGGUUGUGAUGCAUCAAUUCUUAUCGAUGUUUCAAACUCGGACUCCUUGGGGCCACCAGAGUUGGGUGCAAGCAAGAAUUUCGGGAUUCGAAAGAGGGAAUCAAUUAAUAUGAUAAAAUCAAAAGUUGAAGAAGAAUGUCCAGGACAAGUCUCUUGUGCUGACAUUAUAGUGUUGGCUGCUAGAGAAGCUGUGGCUAUUUCUGGAGGGCCAAGAAUUGAAGUUCCACUUGGUAGAAGAGACUCAAUUUCUGCUUCAAACUCUGAAGUAACUGAUGCUUUGCUCCCUUCAUCUGAUAUUGGAGUUAAUGAUGCUCUUACCCUUUUUUCCAAGCUUGGGAUGACUACUCAGGAAACAGUUGCCAUUAUGGGAUCACAUACUUUAGGAGUCACACAUUGCUUAAACAUCAUGGAUCGUUUGUACAGUCCAUCUGAUGAAAGAAUGAGCAACAUGGAUCCAAGAUUUGAAGCACUGUUGAAAUUUAGUUGUCCAGAAUUUAUACCCUUAACUCAGAAUAUAAGUUUUGUGCUGAAUGAUCCUUCAGCAUUUAUAUUUGACAAUCUGUAUUACAAGAAUUCCAUGCAGCGUCGCGGUGUUCUAAGGAUUGAUGCAGAGCUGCCUUUGAACACACAAACUGCAGGGAUUGUGGAGCAUUUUGCUGUUAAUGCUGAUGAUUUCUUUCAAGAAUUUGCUUCAGCUUUUGUAAAGCUUUCAUAUGCAGGAGUUUUAACUGGUAAUUCUGGUGUAAUUAGAAGCAUGUGUAAUUUUGUUGACUACUAGUUAAGGACUAUAUUAUGUAGUAGAAAUGAGUAGCUAACCUAGGCCUGCCUAAUUUAUGUAUUUAUCAUUUAAUGCUGUAAUCUACUAUCUAUCUAU